UUUCUCCAACUUCUCAACCAUCCAUCUUCUCUUUCUUCUUUCUUCUAUAUAUUUUCUCUCAUUUCUCUCUCCCUCUUUUUUCAUUCUUAAACCUGCAAUUCUGAUUUCUUCCCUAUCUCCACCAAAUCUGAAACAUCGAAGCAUGACCCAAUUUUGUCUCCCACCUCCUAUUUAAUUCCUUUGUCUUCAUCUUCUUUCAAUUUGCCUUCAAUCGAACGAAUCUGCUUUUCCCUCUCAUUUUCUCGAGAAAUUAUCGGUCCCCCUCAAUGGCUGGUAUGCUUGCUGGAGUCGAAUCAGCUCGAAGGAGACGCUUCCAUCAGAGCGGGGCGUCCUCUGAUUGCCCUUAUUUUACCAGACGAUCUUCCUUCUGCUUAUAUUCAACCAAUCACGACUUCCUACCUUCCUCUUCUUAUUUGCAGAAAAGAAGCGUAUUACACCAUGCGCGCACAGAUGAAAAGCUCGCAGGAGCAGCCGGGGAAGCCAAAGAAAGAUUGGAUGAGAGAUUACGAUCAGCUCAAAUGAAAUCAUCGAACAAAAGGGAAAACAUCAAAGAAAAGAAGAAAAGCAGAGAAGGAGGACCAGAGUUACACAUAGAGGUCUACGGAUCAAAGAGAAGUGGUGGGUCGAGGAUGAUGUUCAAUUGGAAGAAACUGGGCUGGAAGGCUUCAGAUCAAGAGGAUUGUGCUGUGUGCCUGGAGUCAUUCAAGGUUGGAGAUACACUGAUCCAUCUUCCUUGUGCUCACAGGUUUCAUUGCAACUGCUUGGAGCCAUGGCUACAAAAUAAUAGUUAUUGCCCAUGUUGCAGAACUUCCAUAAUUAUAUCUCACUAGACAUCUCAUCCCUUUCAAGUCGUGCACUUUUUUAGUUCCCGGUAAGAAUUUGGGAUCGUGAUGAUGAAUUGAUGGGUUUCUUCUUUGACAUAUGCGGCAUAUGGGUGGGUGAUCUGUAAAUUAGAUUAGCACCUUCCAUUCAUUGAGAAUGUUUGCUAAAUCCGAACUGAGUUUCUGAAUGUGAGGAAAUGAUAAAGAAGAUUUUAAGCAUGUGAUCCAUUCAGUUAUGUAAAAAAGUAUUUCUGUGUAGACUUGUUUUGAUAAAUUAUCUCAUGUAGUAUAUUUUGUGUAUU